CUCCUAUCCUUUGAGUCCAAAGCAUCUGCCCUCGAGUUUUAUCACACCAUUGUACGAUUGACUAACAAUACAGGCAUUCACACACCAAAGGAUUGCUACGAGUCACUUCUAUGCAUGAUGCGAGAGUGGCACUUUUUGAAGCAAAUCAAACGGUCUGGCCAGGGCCAUCAUCCUGGAACUAUUGCUGCCAUGCAACCUGGUGCAUGUGCGGUGAUGUGUCCAGCUUGCCCCCAUCCAGGAAAGAAUUUACCUGUGAUUGGGCAAGUGCUCCGCCUGAGUCAAAGUGAGUUUUAA